AUGUCUCAUUUCCAUCAAAGUGAAAACUUCGAAUCUUAUGUCGAUCCCUUCGACAUGCUUCCAAUUGACCUCUACAUGGACAUCAUGUCCAGAUUUGAUUGCAAAAUUGUAGGUGUAUCUCGAUAUGUUAGUAAAAGGUGGAAGGCAAUUCUGUAUGAUAUACAAUUCCUGUUGCAGCAUCGACGCUCAUCUCAAAAUUCAAGUGACAAAUCUUUGUUAGUUCUUUCUCAAAAAAUGAGUCUGAAUAGCAGAGUAGCGAAAUUGAUGAAAUUCAAUGAAGUUUACAUUGAUGAUGAUGUGGUCAACGUACUAUCCCAGACAGAAUAUCUUGUGUUGACGAUGAACAAGUCGGGUAUUGCUCUUGGAGUCAUGUUGACGCGGUUAUCUACUUCAGGGUUUUCUCCUCAGCCAGAGGAUGGGGAGAAGAAAUGCUUGAAUUCAGAGCUCUGGCAUGCUUGUGCUGGUCCACUGGUGUCCCUUCCAGCUCUAGGAAGUCGAGUGGUGUACUUUCCUCAAGGGCAUAGUGAGCAGGUUGCUGCCUCCACCAACAAGGAGGUUGAUGCUCAUAUCCCCAACUAUCCUGGCUUACCGCCACAGCUCAUAUGCCAACUUCACAAUGUGACCAUGCAUGCGGACGUGGAGACGGAUGAAGUUUAUGCUCAGAUGACCUUGCAACCAUUGAGUGCACAAGAGCAAAAAGAUGUUUGUCUACUACCAGCAGAACUUGGUGCACCAAGCAAACAACCGACUAAUUAUUUCUGUAAAACGUUGACUGCAAGUGACACAAGUACGCAUGGAGGAUUUUCUGUCCCUCGUCGAGCAGCUGAAAAAGUCUUCCCCCCUCUCGAUUAUUCCCAGCAGCCUCCAGCACAAGAAUUGAUUGCGAAAGAUCUUCAUGGAAAUGAAUGGAAGUUCAGGCAUAUCUUUCGUGGCCAGCCAAAGAGGCAUCUGCUUACAACAGGAUGGAGCGUGUUUGUUAGUGCGAAGAGGCUUGUUGCUGGUGACUCUGUAAUCUUUAUCUGGAAUGAAAAUAAUCAGUUGCUUUUGGGAAUCCGACGUUCAACUCGUCCACAAACAGUCAUGCCUUCCUCAGUCUUGUCAAGUGACAGCAUGCACAUAGGUCUUCUUGCUGCAGCAGCUCAUGCGGCUGCGACGAAUAGUCGGUUCACUAUAUUCUAUAAUCCUAGGGCUAGCCCAUCAGAAUUUGUUAUACCAUUAGCAAAAUACGCGAAGGCCGCUUAUCAUACGAGGGUUUCUGUUGGUAUGCGCUUCCGGAUGUUGUUUGAGACAGAGGAAUCAAGUGUUCGUAGGUACAUGGGCACAAUUACUGGUAUUAGCGAUUUAGAUUCUGCUCGCUGGCCAAAUUCACAUUGGCGCUCAGUGAAGGUGGGGUGGGAUGAAUCAACAGCUGGUGAGAGACAGCCCAGAGUUUCCUUGUGGGAGAUUGAACCGCUAACCACUUUCCCUAUGUAUCCUUCUCCAUUCUCCCUUAGACUGAAACGACCAUGGCCAUCAGGAUUGCCCUCAUUACCAGGUAUGACUAACGGGGAAAUGAGUAUUAAUGCCCAACUUUCAUGGCUUCGAGGUGAUAUUGGGGGUCAGGGAUUUCCUUCACUAAAUUUUCAAGGGUUUGGUGCUACACCUUGGAUGCAAUCAAGACUUGAUGCCUCCAUGUUAGGUUUGCAACCAGAUAUAUACCAAGCAAUGACAGCUACUGGGCUUCAGGAAACUCGAGUUUUUGAUCCAGUCAAUAUUGGAAAUCAUUCUCUUUUGCCAUUCCAUCAUAAUGCUUCCAGUGGCUCUGCUUCACUUGUUCAGAGUCAAAUGUUGCAACAGUCUCAGUCGCAACAAAACUUUCUUCAACCCUUUGCGGAGAACCAGGUGAUUGCUCAGGCUCAGAUAUUACAGCAACAGUUGCAGCGUCGUCUCUCCUGUGAUCAGCAACAGCAGCAGCAAAUGCAUCAGCAAGUUCAGCCACCCCAGCAGCUGCAUGAGCAAAUUCAACCAGUCCAGCAACUCAAGCAGACUGUUUCAAAUCUCUGUCAAAUAGAGUCUUCAUCUCAGCCUCAGUUCUCACCUCUGCAGGCAUUGGCUUCAACCUGCCCGCAGCAAACCUUUUCCGACAUCAAGAACGUAUCAAGCACUAAUAGUGCUCCAAUGCAGAGUCUGCUAAAUUCAUUUUCCCGUGAUGGAGCAUCUCCUCUGAUGUCCUUGCAUGGAAUCCAAUCAGCAGUGUCUCCUUCCUCUUCAUCAAAGCGGGUGGCGCUGGAAUCUCAUAUCUCUUCUCGUACAGCUCAAUCUGUAACAUCCCAAGCUGGCGAUGCAAUUCCCAAUUCUAGGGUCUCUGAUCUCUCUGCUCUGUUGCCUCCUGUUUCAGGAAGAGAAUAUACCCCGUUCCAAGGGAUGACAGAUCCCCAAAACAAUGGUUUGUUUGGAAUCAACGCAGAUUCUUCUUUUAUCCUGCAGAAUGGGAUGUCACACCUUGUAAGUGGUGGUGAUGAGAGUGAAUCAUUCACUGUUCCGUUCAACACCUCCACUUACUCAAGUGCUGUGGGCACUGAUUUACCACUGACUUCAGACAUGACAGCAUCAAGCUGUGUGGAUGAAUCUGGUUUCUUGCAGUCUGCUGAAAAUGUGGACCAGGCAAACCCGGCAUCCCGAACCUUUGUGAAGGUUCACAAAUCAGGGUCCUUCGGACGAUCACUAGAUAUCUCCAAGUUUAGCAGCUACCAGGAGUUGCGGAGUGAACUUGCUCGGAUGUUUGGCCUUGAAGGCCUGUUGGAGGAUCCCCAGAGAUCAGGCUGGCAGCUUGUAUUUGUUGACCGAGAAAAUGAUGUUCUUCUUCUUGGUGACGACCCUUGGCAGGAGUUCUUAAGUAGCGUCUGGUACAUCAAGAUACUGUCUCCCCUUGAAGUACAGCAAAUGGGAAAAGAGGGGCUCGACCUUCCUAGUUCUGCUGCGACGCAUAGACACAACAACAAUGGCAGUGGAUGUGAUGGCUACAUGGCCUCUCAGAAGGACUCAAGGAACAACAUGAAUGGCAUAACUUCCGUGGGGUCGCUAGACUAUUGA